AUGCAAUUUUUCAACCCCGUGUUUGUGUUGAUGGCCUUGGUCACCUCUCAAGCCAUUGCCGCACCCGCAGCCGAGGUUACGGACCUGGAAGCCCGCGCCAAAAAUUGCGUUACUGUCAAAAUCUGCCACGGCUACAACUGGGAGGGCGGCUGCUAUAAAGAAUGCCUGGAAAUUGGUAAACCUCAUAAUAUCAGGAAAGAAUAUCGGAAGAACGUGGGCUCGUUCAAGAUCGGAGAGAAGGGGUACGAGUGCACUGCUGGAAGCGCCACGGAGGCGUCGGUGGUCAUGCACUAUCCUGGAAAGAAAAGACUUGAAGAUAGAGCGAUCAACCAUCUUGACGGAUACCAGUGCAUGAAGAUGAAAAAUUAG